UCCGGUGUCAGCUGCACAGUUUAUCCAUUGUUUACAUGACCAAAGUGCAGUGAAUGUGACAACAAUAAACUAUUCAUCCCUCUCCAUGCGUUAGAGCCCCCUCAGUAUUCAACCACCUCCACCCAAAAAAGUAGUGUACGCAAUAACUCCAGUGUUUCCUCAACAAUUAAAAACCUAACCUCUCAGAGAUGUGCUAAUCCCAUGUAUCUGUACCCCAAAAGUGUUGUUCCCCGAUAAAACCCCUAAAAAUGUAUUCAGUCUGCAAGAAUACCCACCCAGGCACGGGUGUGGAGCACGCGAUAACCUGUUACUUCUUCAACCGUCGUGAAAAAUGUCUAGUAGUGGCCGGUGCAAACGUAAUCCGUGUAUUCCGAUUGAUCCCGGAUGUGGACGCCUCCAGGAAAGAAAAAUUCACAGACCAACGUCCCCCAAAAAUGAAGCUAGAGUGUCUCAGUCAAUACACAGUGCACGGUAACAUAAUGUCGAUGCAGGCAGUGAGCCUGAUAGGAUCCCAACGGGACUCCCUGCUCCUGAGUUUCCGAGAUGCGAAGCUAUCGGUCGUCGAGUACGACCUGGAGAACCACGACUUGAGAACAGUCUCACUGCACUACUUCGAGGAGGAGGAAAUGAGAGACGGUUGGACCCAUCACCACCACAUUCCCAUAGUCCGAGUGGAUCCAGAAGGUAGAUGUGCUAUUAUGUUAAUUUAUGGAAGAAAACUCGUUGUAUUGCCAUUCAGAAAAGACCCCACGAUUGACGACAGUGAUCUCAUGGACAUGACAAAAUCCCAAUCCAACAAGACCCCCAUUUUAUCCUCCUACAUGAUUGUCCUGAAGAGUCUCGAAGAGAAGAUCGAUAAUAUCAUUGAUCUUCAAUUUUUGUACGGCUACUACGAGCCCACCCUGUUGAUUCUCUACGAACCAGUGAAGACGUUCGCUGGUCGUAUAGCUGUUAGACAAGACACUUGUGCGAUGGUAGCAAUAUCCCUUAAUAUCCAGCAGAAGGUCCACCCGAUAAUCUGGUCGGUGUCGAACUUGCCAUUUGACUGUUACCAAGCAGUCCCGGUUAAGAAGCCACUGGGUGGAACCCUGAUAAUGGCUGUGAAUUCCCUGAUCUAUCUGAACCAAAGUAUUCCCCCCUACGGGGUCUCCCUGAACAGCCUCGCCGAGACGAGCACAAAUUUCCCUCUGAAAGCCCAAGAAGGCGUGAAGAUGAGCCUCGAGGGUUCCCAGGUGUCCUUCAUCUCCCCAGACCGUCUUGUUAUUUCGUUGAAAACUGGCGAGCUCUAUGUGCUGUCUCUAUUCGCUGACAGCAUGAGGUCGGUGAGGGGAUUUCACUUUGAUAAAGCAGCAGCCAGUGUCCUCACUUCCUGCAUGUGCCUUUGUGAGGAGAAUUACCUCUUCCUAGGGUCUCGUUUGGGCAAUUCUCUGCUGCUACGUUUCACUGAGAAGGAACCAGACGAGGGACAAUUAUCGUCUGAUGUUCAGAUUAUUUCGGAUGAUCUGGGGAAUGACACAGGGGAAACACCCGCGAAGAAGGUGAAGCAGGAUUAUCUCGGGGACUGGAUGGCUUCCGAUGUCCUCGAGAUCAAGGACUCGGAGGAAUUGGAGGUCUAUGGGAGCGAAACCCAGACCUCAAUGCAAAUAACUUCGUACAUCUUCGAGGUGUGCGACAGUUUACUGAAUAUCGGCCCUUGUGGCAACAUCUCAAUGGGAGAGCCAGCGUUUUUGUCGGAGGAGUUCUCCCACAAUGUUGAUCCUGAUGUGGAGCUCGUGACGACUUCUGGGUAUGGGAAGAAUGGAGCUCUUUGCGUUCUCCAACGCUCCAUUCGUCCACAGAUCGUCACGACUUUCGAGCUUCCUGGGUGUGAGGACAUGUGGACUGUGAUCGGCGCACCGGGAAUAGAUCCCCAGGGAAGGGACGAAGCCAAUCAUGCGUUCUUGAUUCUCAGUCACGAAGACUCGACCAUGAUCCUGCAGACGGGGCAGGAGAUCAAUGAAGUCGAGAACAGUGGCUUUGGCACCCAAGGGAGAACGAUAUUCGCUGGAAAUCUCGGCGCCAACCGAUUCAUCGUUCAAAUAACCCAAAUAAGCGUGAGGCUUCUUCAAGGCUCUGAGCAAAUUCAGAAUAUCCCAAUGGAUCUAGGUUGUCCGAUUGUCUACGCCAGUUGUGCGGAUCCAUACGUGGUUAUUCUUGCAGAGGAUGGCCAGGUGGUUCUGCUGACCCUCAAGGAGACCCGUGGCUCCCUUCGGCUGCAUGCCCAGCAGGCCAAUCUCCUCUUUCGUCCGCAGAUCGAGACCCUCUGCGCUUAUCGAGAUCUCAGUGGCCUCUUCGUCAGUAAUAUUCCAGAGGAAACGGACGACGAGCCCCUGGAGGACGACAAAAACAUGGACGAGCAGGCAACAACUAAUAAUAUUGACAAUGAGGACGAUCUGCUAUAUGGCGAUGGCACUGCCUUUCAGAUGCCAGCUAUUCCAGUUGAGCCUCAGCCGAGGGCCCCAGAGGAAGCCCCCAAGAAGCACUCCUGGUGGCAGAAGCAUCUCCAAGACAUAAAGCCGACUUACUGGCUGUUGGUUUAUCGUGACAAUGGAACAUUGGAGAUCUACUCCCUUCCUGAUCUCAAGUUGUCGUACUUAAUACGAAACUUUGGCUUCGGCCAGCAUGUGCUGCACGACAGCAUGGAAUCAACGACCCUCCACUCGGCCACGACCACUGAAUUACCAAAUCCAGAGAUGCAGGUUCGAGAGAUCCUGAUGGUUGCUCUCGGUCAUCAUGGAAGCAGACCAAUUCUCCUAGUACGUCUCGACAAUGAAUUGCAGAUCUACCAGGCCUACAGGUAUCCAAAGGGAAAUCUCAAACUGAGGCUCAAGAAGCUGGAGCAUGGGAUCAUUUAUGGGCAGGCGAGACCACAACCGAAAGAGGAGGACACUCCACACAUGAAUCAGACACGUGUCUCCAUGAUGAGGUACUUCAGCAAUAUCGCUGGGUACAACGGGGUCUUCAUCUGUGGAGAUUAUCCCCACUGGAUUUUCUUGACCAGUCGUGGCGAGCUCAGGACCCAUCCCAUGGGGAUAGACGGGCCCAUCGGUUCCUUCACACCUUUUAACAACGUCAAUUGUCCUCAGGGGUUUCUGUACUUCAAUCGAAAGGAGGAACUCAGGAUCUGUGUUGUACCUACGCAUCUGUCGUACGAUGCUCCUUGGCCUGUGAGGAAGGUCCCUCUGCGGUGCACACCACAUUUCGUCACGUAUCACGUCGAAAGUAAGACUUAUUGCGUUAUUAUGAGCACCUCGGAACCGUUGAAGAGUUAUUACAGGUUCAAUGGGGAGGACAAAGAGUUCACUGAGGAGGAGAGGCCUGAGAGGUUUCUCUAUCCCACGCAGGAGCAGUUCAGUAUUGUCCUGUUUUCACCUGUUUCCUGGGAGACCAUUCCCAAUACUAGGAUUGAUUUGGAUCAGUGGGAGCAUGUGACGUGUCUGAAGAAUGUUUCGUUGGCGUACGAGGGGACUAGAUCGGGGCUCAAGGGGUACAUCGUUCUUGGGACUAAUUACAAUUAUGGGGAGGAUAUUACCAGUAGAGGACGAAUCAUGAUUUUUGAUAUCAUUGAGGUUGUUCCUGAGCCUGGGCAGCCCCUCACCAAGAACAGGUUCAAGCAGAUUUAUGCGAAGGAGCAGAAAGGCCCGAUUACAGCAAUCACUCAGGUCUCGGGUUUUCUGGUUUCUGCUGUCGGUCAGAAAAUUUAUAUCUGGCAACUCAAGGAUAAUGACCUUGUCGGGGUUGCUUUCAUUGAUACGCAGAUAUAUAUUCAUCAGAUGCUCAGCAUCAAGAGUCUCAUUCUUGUUGCUGAUGUCUACAAAUCGAUUAGUCUACUGCGUUUUCAAGAGGAGUACAGGACUCUGUCGCUUGUCAGCAGGGACUUUCGUCCAGCUGAGGUCUAUACGAUAGAGUAUUUGAUUGAUAACUCCAAUCUGGGGUUCUUGGUCGCUGAUGGAGAGAGCAAUCUGGUACUGUUCAUGUACCAGCCUGAGUCCAGGGAGAGCUCGGGGGGACAGAAACUUAUCAGGAAAGCUGAUUUUCAUCUUGGACAGAAGGUCAAUACUUUCUUCAGGAUUAAAGCUAAGGUCAGCGAUCCUGGGAAUGGGAAGAGAUGCUUCUCGGGAGCUGAUAAGAGACAUGUUACGAUGUUUGCUACGCUGGAUGGGAGCCUUGGUUACAUUCUACCAGUACCUGAGAAAACCUACAGGAGACUUCUUAUGCUGCAGAAUGUUCUGGUUACUCAUAUCUCUCAUAUGGCUGGAUUGAAUCCGAAAGCUUACAGAACUUACAAGAGCCACGUUCGAAUGCAGGGUAACCCAGCUCGUGGAAUAAUCGAUGGUGACUUGGUUUGGAAGUACCUGCAUUUGCCAAAUAACGAAAAAGCUGACAUAGCCAAGAAAAUUGGUACUCGAGUUCAAGAAAUAAUUGAGGAUAUCGUUGAGAUUGAUCGCCAAACCGCCCAUUUCUAGUUCUCCCAAUAAAUUAUUUUGUCUAUUGAUGUACAUAUUUGAAUGACAGUAAAAUGCGUGGAUACAA